AUGGACGAAUCUACAUUAGCUAAUCCCACCACAUAUCGAAUCAUCUGGAUCGAAAACAUAUCAAAAUCAAGAGUUGCACAACUUGAGGAAUGGAAAGAAUUAGAUGAUCCCAAUAAGUCAUCCGUUGAUCGAGUCAAACGUAAGAUCAUCACUGAAGUGAACCUUGAUAAAGAUGAUGACCAAGAAAAUGAUAAUGAUAAAUCAACCAUUACAAAUGAUACUUAUAAACUAAUACUAGAGGAUAUAUCAAACAAAAAUGUCAUUCAAGGUUAUGAAAAAGAACCAUUAAGAUUUUUACAUGUCAGUAAAACUGGAACUCCAUUACCUUUAAAAUUAGGUGGCAGACUACGCGUUAAGGAAGGAACUCCUGUGUUCAAUGGAGUUUUACUUCUUUCAAAUAAACAUUGUCAAUAUCAAGGAAUUAACUCAGUUGAUGCGGACUAUGUAUCUAUACUAAAUGAUGGGAUAAUUAAAAAACAUAUAGAUUGGUUACAACUUUAA